CCUCUACUCUUUUUUUAAUUGCUUUAUUUUUCCUAUUUUUAUUUUAUUUUAUUUUUAUUUUUGUUUAUCACUUGAAAAUAUGCCCGGUAAAAUUAUUGUUAAAAAUCCUGUUGUUGACCUUGAUGGUGAUGAAAUGACCAGAAUUAUCUGGCAACUCAUCAAAGAUAAACUUAUUUUACCAUACCUCGAUCUUGAUAUUAAAUAUUUUGAUCUUGGUAUUGAAAAUCGUGAUGCUACGGACGAUCAAGUUACCAUUGAUGCUGCUGAAGCUAUUAAAAAGUAUAAUGUUGGUAUAAAGUGUGCUACUAUCACUCCUGACGAAGCUCGUGUUGAAGAAUUCAAACUCAAGAAGAUGUGGAAAUCUCCUAAUGGUACUAUUCGUAAUAUUUUAAAUGGUACCGUCUUCCGUGAACCUAUAAUUGUCAAGACGAUUCCUAAGCUUGUUCCUGGUUGGACUAAUCCUAUUAUUGUUGGUAGACAUGCUCAUGGUGAUCAAUAUCGUGCAACCGAUUUCGUUGCUCCUGGUCCUGGUAAAUUUGAAAUCUUGUACACACCUGUAAAUGGUUCUGAACCUAAAAGAUUUGAAGUCUUUAAUUUCGAAAAGUCAGGUGGUGUUGGUAUGGCUAUGUAUAAUACAGAUGAAUCCAUUGAAGGCUUUGCUCACGCUUGUUUCCGUCUCGCUCUUGAACGCAAGAUGCCAUUAUAUUUGAGCACCAAGAAUACGAUUCUUAAGGCUUAUGAUGGUCGUUUUAAGGAUAUCUUUCAAGAAAUUUAUGAAAAGCAAUACAAGUCAAGCUACGAAGCCGCUGGUAUCUGGUACGAGCAUCGUCUUAUUGAUGAUAUGGUAGCUCAAGCCUUAAAAUCAAACGGUAAUUUUGUUUGGGCUACAAAGAAUUACGAUGGUGAUGUUCAAUCGGAUAUUAUUGCUCAAGGCUAUGGUUCUCUUGGAUUAAUGACCUCUGUUCUUUAUACACCCGAUGGUAAAACAGUUGAGGCUGAAGCUGCUCAUGGUACCGUCACUAGACAUUAUAGAGAGCACCAAAAGGGUAACAAAACUUCCACUAAUCCAAUCGCAUCCAUCUUUGCUUGGACUCGUGGUCUUGAACAUCGUGCUAAAUUAGAUGAUAAUUCUGAUUUACUUCAAUUCUGUAAAGAUUUGGAAAGAGCUUGUAUUGAAACGAUUGAAAUUGAUAAACAUAUGACUAAAGAUUUGGCUUUGAUUAUUUAUGGCAAAAGCAUGACCACUGAGCAUUAUUCAACUACGGAAGUCUUCUUACAGCAAAUUGCUGACAAAUUAGCCUCUAUUCGUAAUCGUGCUUCUCUUUAAAUAAUUUUUGUGUUAAUAUUUCAAAUAGAGAUCUUUUUUUUUAUAUAUAUAUUUGUAUACAAAUUUAUAUAUUUUUAUAAUAUAUGAUACACAGUUUAUUAUUUACUCUAGUCGUCUAAAGAAUGCAAAGAUAGCUUUUAUAUAAUAAAACACAUAAAAUUAUACGCUUCCUUUCUUUUUAUAA